CUGCAGCAAUGCUCCCAGCCACAGAGGCCGCCAAGAUCUACCAGACCAACUACGUCAGGAACUCUCGUGCCAUCGGGGUCCUGUGGGCCAUUUUCACCACCCUCUUCGCAAUAGUCAACGUAGUAUGUUUCGUUCAGCCCUACUGGAUCGGGGAUGGCAUGGACACACCACAGGCUGGCUACUUCGGCCUCUUUCACUACUGCAUAGGGAGCGGGAUGUCCCGGGACCUGACGUGCCAGGGGAGCUUCACUGAGUUUGGCUCAAUCCCAUCCAGCGCCUUCAAAGCGGCGUCCUUCUUCAUUGGGAUGUCCAUGGUGCUGGUCCUCUCAUGCAUCGGCUGCUUCGCCCUCUUCUUCUUCUGCAGCACAGCCACUGUGUAUAAGAUCUGUGGGUGGAUGCAGCUGGCAGCAGGUACGUGUCUAGUGUUGGGCUGUAUGAUAUAUCCUGAUGGCUGGGAUGCUGAUGAGGUGAAGAGGAUGUGCGGAGAAGGGACGGAUAAAUACACCAUCGGCGCAUGCUCAGUGCGCUGGGCGUACAUCCUGGCCAUUAUGGGCAUCCUGGACGCCCUCAUCCUAUCUUUCCUGGCCUUCGUGUUGGGCAACAGACAGGAUGGACUUAUGUCCGAGGAGCUGCUGGGAGACAAAAGUGGAAAUGCAUAGAUGCCAGAUACACUCAGGUGUUUCUGUCUUGUUUAAGGAAAACCAUUAUGUGAAAUCACAAUCCAGCUUUACCCAUCAUCCUGAGGGCAGGAAGCCUGACUGCAACAGUUUGGGGGAAAAAAAAACAUUUCAGCAAAGGAUGCGAACAGGGUGAAUGGAGUUUGGAACUCACUGCUUUUCUCUUUAUAUCCCUCCUUUUCACUUCACUAUCUGGAAUUGCUUCUCAACAAAUCCCUACCCUAGUUUAUUUACCGUGUUCUGUGCUACUAACAUGAUAGGGCAGCUAAUGCACCGUUUAGAAGCAAGUUUGACUGAAUGUUAUUUCAUUUUAUGUUCUGUCCUCUUCUUCAGGCCUGCAUUAUAGUAAUGUUAAUAUUUUGGGAUUUAGAAUUACUGUAUAACACUGUUCAAUUUGACUGGAUUCUCCAAGUAUACUAACAUACUGUAGAAGGAAACGCUGAAAGCUUUGAAAUCUGUAAUGUACAAACUGCGACAGAGACAUUUCAGGCCUGUAGAAACAAAAACAAAGCGGCAAAGACAGACACUCAAUCCACUGAAAGCCAAUUAAGAUGUAAGUGAUCAUUUAUCGGGUUUCAAAUGUACACUUAGUUCACCACGACACAAUUGUUGAAAAGGUAAACAGAAGGCAAGAGUUCACUGUUAAUAUACUUUAAAAUAAGUGUCAAAAUUAGGGGCAGGCGUCUCUGCCAUUAGUAUUUGUGCACAAGCCAAGUAUAUACAGAAGUAGGAGAGUGUUUUAAGUAUUAUGUAUUGAGUGUACAUGUUAAAUUUCUGUAUGUCUCUAAUUCGAUAUUUACUUCUCGGCAGUGUUGGUGCUGUAUAGUUAUGUGUGCCAUAAUUAUGAUGUUCUCAGCUGGUACCGUUUCGUACACUUGGUAUAGUCAUUCUGUCCCAACAAGAUGAACAAGGAUCACCAAUCAAAAAAAGACAAACGUCAUGAGAAAACCUGGAGGACAUGGUCUCAUAAACAAACACCCACAGGAAAUGUCAUCACUGUGUACCUAGUGGCAUUUCCUCUUUUUUUGGACAGCUGAAGAAUUUGAACGACGCUGGAAAGAAAAAAAAAAUGUUUGGCUUUAUUUAUUGGCUGUCUGUCUCGUCAGAUGAUGUUGUAUGUAGAUGAUGAUGUAAAUACACCAUUAAAAUGUAUUAGAUAUCAAGACAAUUCACCAACAUUAAUGAAUAAAGAUUUUACCUCUACAGACUACAAUAAAGAUAUUUCAUUCUGGACACUGUCUAAA